UGCAGGUCCAAGCUUUUUCUUCUUCUGUCCCUUUUCUUUUGUUUCCCCCUUCAGCAUGUUCGCUCGCCUCUUCCGUGGUCGCGCAGGACUUCUGACGGCCGCUGCUGGCGCCAGCACGGUUGCCGCUGCCGGCUUCUACACCACCGUUCUGGCCAGCUCCGAUGAGCUCCACCCCGCCGCGUACCCCUGGAGCCACGGCGGCCCCCUCAGCUCCUUUGACCACGCCAGCGUUCGCCGUGGUUUCGAGGUCUACAAGCAGGUGUGCAGCGCAUGCCACAGCUUGGACAAGAUUGCCUUCCGCAACUUGGUCGGCGUCACCCACACUUUGGACGAGGCUAAGGCUCUUGCCGCUGAUGUUGACGUCGAGGACGGCCCUGACGACUCUGGCAAGAUGUUCAAGCGCCCCGGCAAGCUUUCCGACUAUAUGCCGCGCCCGUACCCCAACGACCAGGCGGCCCGCUUUGCCAACGGCGGCGCUCUGCCACCGGAUCUUUCGCUCGUGAUUAAGGCCCGACAUGGCCGUGAGGAUUAUCUUUUCGCUCUGCUGACGGGCUACAAGGAGCCCCCAGCAGGCAUCGUCCUCCGCGAGGGUCUCCACUACAACCCCUACUUUGCUGGCGGCGCCAUCGGCAUGGCCCAGGCUCUGUACGACGAGAUGAUUGAGUACGAGGACGGCACUCCCGCCUCGCAAUCCCAAAUGGCCAAGGAUGUUGCCACUUUCCUUGCCUGGGCCGCUGAGCCUGAAAUGAACGAGCGCAAGCGAAUGGGCAUGAAGGCCAUCACUCUUCUGACUCUCGCUGCCGGCGCCACCUGGUAUGUCAAGCGACAGCGGUGGUCUGUGCUCAAGACCCGAAAGCACGUUUACACGGGCAAGUAAACCAGCAAAAGACCAGGCAGCAGACAAGAAAAAACAAAACAAAAAGCGAACAUGAAGCUUUUUCUACGAUUUUCGUUGCUCUGUCCUGUCUUUUUUUUUUCUCUCUCUCGUCCCUUUCUCUCCUUUCGGUCAUGGUUCUAUUCAUGACUGAGGUUUUGUUUUGUUCAAAUUACUCUUGGUGCCGUCCACAUCGCCAUAUUUUUUUGUUUUUUUGUAUGCGUGUAUUUUUUGUUUUUUUGUUCAUUGACACUUUCAAACUUUGCUUUGCUGGUUGUCCAUCCA